AUGGAUUUUACUCUAGGCUACCCUUUCUCAGUCACCUUGGACGGUUAUGGCUUCGUUGAAUUUCUCACAGAAGAGGAUGCCGAUUACGCCAUGCGCAUAAUGAACAUGAUAAAGCUGUAUAACAAACCCAUCCGCGUGAACAAGGCCUCAGCCAACCAAAAGAACCUGGACAUUGGAGCAAACAUCUUUAUCGGCAACCUAGACCCUGAAGUGGAUGAGAAGUUGCUGUACGACACGUUUAGUGCCUUUGGUGUCAUUCUGCAGACGCCGAAGAUUAUGCGCGAUCCAGAGACCGGCAACUCCAAGGGCUACGCCUUUAUCAACUUUGCCAGUUUCGAAGCUAGUGACGCCGCCAUCGAGGCUAUGAAUGGGCAAUAUCUCUGCAAUAGGGCUAUCACAAUCUCCUAUGCCUUCAAGAAGGACAGUAAGGGUGAACGCCACGGCUCGGCCGCAGAGCGCCUCUUAGCUGCACAGAGUCCGCUUUCACAGGUAUCGUUUUAG